AUGGAGGCUUCCUCCUCCUCUUCUAAGGUCAAAGCACUCCCCUUGCCGCCGCAGCAUCAAGUAUUUGUAAACUUCCAGGGAGAAGAGUUGCGGAACAACUUCGUUAGCCAUCUCAGAAAUGCAUUUUUCAGGGAUGGGGUUAACAUCUUCAUAGACACUAAUGAGCAGAAAGGCAAACCUUUGAAUGUGCUUUUCGAUAGGAUUGAAGAGUCGAGGAUCGCUUUGGCCAUCUUUUCUGAAAGGUAUAGCGAGUCAAAAUGGUGCUUGAACGAGCUGGUGAAGAUGAAGGAAUGCAUGGACAAGGGUAAACUCCUCAUCAUUCCUAUCUUCUAUAAGGUUAAGCCAUAUGAAGUGCGAUAUAAGAAGGGACAGUUCGGUUCUGUUUUCAAAAAGAUGAGCAAUCUUGAUCUUGACGAGAAGAAACAAUGGUCUGAAGCUUUGAGGAUUGUUGCUGACUAG